AUGAGAAAAUUAAAAUUCUUAUAUUUAUUUAUUACUUUUUCUUUGAUUCAAGCAAUUUUUGAAAAUGAAACAAUAAGUUUUCAUAUUCCUUUAAUUGGUCUUCCAUUGAAGAAUUUUAUUUUUUUCUAUAAACCUAUUUCUAAAGAUAUGUUGAUUUAUAUAGCAACAGAAAAAAAUAUUCUUGCUGCCAUUAAUUCUAAAAAUGGCAAUUUAGUUUGGAGACAAGAAUUUGCAGAAAAUGACCCAAUUAAUAUUGUUAAGCCAUUGAAUUCAAGAAUUAUCACUCUUUCUAAUUCAUCAAUUGUUAGAGCAUGGAAUGCUUUAACUGGUUUUUUGAUAUGGGAAAAAACAUUUUUAAGUCCUUUUCCAAUCAAUAAAUAUGAUAUUAAUUUUUUUGAAAACAAUACAACCUCAAAUAGUGAUAUUAUAAUUCUAACUUCAAACAUAAUAUGUUCUUUAAAUAGUAAUACAGGAGCUCAGAUUUGGAAUUAUAAUCAAAAAGCAAAAACGUCUCCAUUGUUUUUAUCAAUAUCUAAUUCAUUUAUAUAUCUUAUCGAAUCAGUAGUAUUAUCAAAUAUUUAUUCUUUUUCAGUAUCGAAACUAAAUGGGAAAACAGGAGACAUAAUAACAUCAAACUAUUUAUCUUCAAUACCAAAACCUGAAGACAUUAUUUAUGUAGGCAGUUUGCCUCUACCUAUAAUCGCAUGGAAAAAUUCCAAUACUAAUAGUUCUAUUUAUAUACAUAUUUUUGAUAGUAAUAUUACUCAUGUCAUAAAUACAGAAUCAUCUUUCGAUUUUGUUAAAUUUUAUGUACCCGAAUAUUCUAACACAACAUCGCCGUCUGUUUUACUUCAUUUUACCUCUAGUCCUACUAAAAAAUCAUGGGCAAGUGUUUACUUGUUUAAUUCAAGCUCAUCUAUUUCAAAAUUAUACGAAAUAUCAUCAGUUUCAUCUAUGUCACAUUUUUUUUCUACAAAUUACAUGUCUAAUACAUUUUUCAUUCAUUCUUUUAUCAAUAGACUUGGUUUCAUAAAUAUAAAUAUUUAUAGUGAUAAAAACAAUUCUAUUUUAAACACAUGGAAUAUAUUUCAAAAUCGAUCUUAUCAUUCUUAUCUUGAACAAAUUGUAUCAAAAAUUUUGAAAAUAACAGACAAAUCAGUUAUUAUAAAGUCAAUUAUAGUAACACACGAUGCGUUAAUUUAUAUGGUAAAAGAAUCAUCUAUUUUAUGGACUCGCGAUGAAUCUUUAGCUUAUUCAAUUCAUGCAGAAUUUCUUGAGCUUCCUCAAAAACAAAUUGUUUUGUCAAAAAAUAGCAUAAAAAAAAAGCAAAAAUCAUUAGUUUCUACUUAUAUAAAUAGAAUUAUUAGACAUAUUAGUGAAUUAAAAGAAAUUCAAAAAUAUCUAUAUUUAUUUAGAGAAAAAAUUAUAAAAUUUUCUAAAAAUACAAUAAUCAUUAAAAAAAAUAUAUCAGGAAAGGAUAUAUUUGGUUUUAGAAAAAUUAUUAUUGUCAUAACAUCUAAAGGAAAAAUAUUAGCACUAGACUCUUUUUAUUCUGGUACAAUUUUAUGGUCAAACCAAUUGGGAGACGAAUUUGAUUACAAAGGAUUAUGGAUUGUCAAAAAAAGUAAAACAUUAAAUGAUUCUCCUCCUGUUAUUGCUAUUCUUGGAAUGAAUUUUAAAAAUAUGUAUUUCUGGAGAAUAAACGGUCUAACAGGAGAAACUCUUAGUCUUAAAAAAGUUAGCAAUAAUAUAAAGAAUUCUUUUAUUCUAGAUCAUCAUUUAAUAAAAAAUUUUGAUGAAAAAAUUAUAGUUACAAUAACAAAUGAUAAAAAGAUUAUACUUUUAUAUGAUACUUCAAAAAAUUUUCCUAUAUCUGAGCUAAAAAAUCUAUCUAACGUAUAUUUUUCUACUAAAAAUUCCAACACCUUAGAAGGAUAUUUUAUAAAUUUUAAAAAUUUAUAUGCUAAUACUACAUGGACUAUUAAUUUUCCAUCCUCUCAAUUUAUUAUUUCUACUUCAUUUAAAAAUAAAAACGAAAAAAUAGCAUCUAUAGGACGUGUUCUUGGUGAUCGCUCAGUAUUAUAUAAAUAUUUAAAUCCGCAUUUGUUAGCAGUUCUAACAGGAGAUAAAAUGGAUUUAAAAUUGAAUGUUUAUCUAAUAGAUAUAGUUAAAGGAAUGAUAUUGUAUACUAAGCACUAUAACAAUGUUGAUAUUUCAAAAGGUGCAAAAAUAUUGUUAGCAGAAAAUUGGAUAGUGUAUCAAUUUUGGGUUGAAAGCCCUACAAAAGGAUAUCAAAUCGUUACUUCAGAACUAUACGAAAGUAAAGAAAAAAAUAAAAAAAAUAAAGAAACAAAUUUAAGUUCAAUUAACAACGUCCCUUUACCGUUUGUUAUAUCUCAAGCAUAUCUUUAUCCACGUAAAAUUCAAGCACUAACUACAGUAUUAACACGGCAUGGAAUUACAUCACGUGAUAUUGUUUCUUAUGUUGAUUCUAAUAAAGUUAUUAUGAUUCCUAAAAAACUUCUUGAUCCCCGAAGACCAAUCUUAAUUAAUAAUAAAAUGCCAGCAGAAUCAAUUGAAGAGGGCCUAAUUCCAUAUCAAGUGAAUUUAUUUAAGGAUUCAGAAAUUGUGAUUAGUCAUAAAAAUGAGAUUUAUGGAAUCAAGAAUAUAUUAUCCAGCUCAACAUUAUUAGAAAGCACAUCAAUUAUAUUAACAUAUGGUCAUGAUAUUUUUUUUACAUAUGUUACUCCAAGUAAUUCUUUUGAUAUUCUUAAUCCUAAUUUUAAUAAAAUACAAUUAUUAUUAACUAUUUUUGCACUUAUCGCAGGACUUUUUCUGUUAAGAUCAAUGAUAAAAACUAAAUUAUUAAAAAGACGAUGGAAAGUAUUGUAA